AUGCGGGGUUGUUUACCAUCAUUACUUGCUUUGGCGUCUCUUUGUCUAAGUGUCCAAGGUGCUAGGCAGCAGAUCAAUCCGAAGGACAAGGCCACUACUUCCGAGGAACCUAAGCCAUGGCAUCGGACAGUAUACGGCAGUGUAAAAGAGAUUGUGACUCCAACCGUUAUUGGUGGUGUCACCUUUUCUGCUAAACCGUUGGCUACGACAGAUCCAUUACAACCGUGGGUUUCUCUGGAACGUAAUGGUAGACCAAAAACUAUAAAGCCGAAGCUCAAGAAUGGACGUCUGGAAAAUGGAAGUCCAACAUAUUCGACUUAUUUCCAGACUGUAACUACCCGUACAUAUUCAUAUGAGGAGUUGAAGGCACACAAUAUGGAUCCCGACGGGCCACCUCAUGAAGAGGAAGAGUUCAUAAAUGAAGAUGAUACUUACGUGUCAUUAAACCCUAUAAUUAGAUGUACUCCGGACCGCUAUGUCAAUAAGGGUAUUACAAAAGAUGUCCCCAGUGAGCCAUUCUGUACUCCUGAAGAAGGUCAGACGCUGAAACAAGGUGACACCUUCUUCGCAACUUGGUACACGAAUUUCUUUAGAGAUGAAGAUUCUGAUGAGGUGGUCGAAAACGUUCGAGUGCAUUUCUCCCAUGUCACUGAAAGCUAUCAUGAAAAGGGACUUAAGAAACGGGAGGUUUCAUCCUUCUUCACUAGUGAGUGGUUGAAAAACGUCGAUGGUGUGUAUCCCUUUGAGAUUGAAAACGAAUGGCUUGGUGAUCUCCGUAGGCGUAAGAUCGUGAUAUCUGUUCAGCCAGAAAAUGUUCCAGACGAGGAAUUUGAUCCCUUGGAUAAAGGUAUCGCUGUUUACAUCGAUAAAGGCUCAGCUGUCACCCGAAAAACUAAAGAACAAAGGGCCCUUGAAGACGCCGGUAUCACGGGUAAUAAAUGGUGGUACGUUGCAAUCACAAUGCCUACUGUUGUCAUUAUUGCAUUAGUUUUGAUGUAUUUUUUCCUGUAUGCAAAUCACGGUUACAGAGAUUUUUCUGAUAUUACUCAGAAGGCAAUGAAGAAGAAACAUCGUGUAUUGGGUAAAGUCUCCGAAAUGAAGAAGUUCAGAAAUACAAAAAAUCAUAAGUACUCGGAAUUACCAAGCUAUAAGCCAGGUAAGCAACAUUAG